AUGAGCGACAGCCAGUCGUUGGCUAGUCGUGAGCUAACCGUAAAGCAGCCCCCACGCCAUGGUAAACUUUCAACUCCGGUUCUAGCUUGUGUAGCAAGCCCAAGCCCUGCAAAGUCAAAGCGGCGCCCAGCGACAGAGCGUCCGUCUUUGCCGACAGCAAAUGUGGCGCCAGUCAAGCUGCCCUCCGAGCUUUUUGCGAUUGCGACAAGUAGGAGCAGCCAGGGCGACUUGGCUCUCGGCAAAGCAAUCGAUGGAAUUCAGGCAGCGGCAACUCGCCUGGAGACGGAGCGCACCAAGUUGGUCAUACAAAGCCAAGAGCUCCAGAUUUGGGAUAUGGCGCGAGAGGAAGAGCUGGUGCUAUUAAGGGCUGAGAAUGAGCAGCUGGAGCAGCAGCUCGCCACGGUGGCGGAGAAAGUCGGCAAGGGCCUCGGUCGCGACGGCGUGCUCGAAAGCCUCCAGUAUGCGCUUCGCAAGGCGCGCACGGAGCGUGAUGCGGAGAUGCGCGAGGCGGACUCAUUGUUUAACCAGUUACAAGAAGCCAAGGCGGCGGCCAUGGAGCUUCAAGAGCUGCGGGGUGCCAUCGGCUCCGCGCUCAAUGGCCUGGAAGACGAGUGGAGCGCCGUUCCGUUGCUGUCUGAGGAGGUGCGGGCGCUCCGCGCACGGGCCGACGCGGCGGUGCAAGACCCAACCAAUCUGGGUCACAAGGAAGUGACCACGCUUUUGCGCGGGCUGCUGGCGCUGGCAUCGCGGGGUGCGGAGCUACAGCACGAGUCACUUCGCGGCGAGAAUUUAGCGCUGCAGCAAGCGCUGGAUGCCGCUCACCAUCAGCUAUCUGAGCAGACCCAUCAGUCGUCCCAGAACAUCCUCGUUGGCCCUCACGAAUAUGGCCCCGUGCAAGCGCCAGCAGCAGUAACAACAGCAGCAACAACAGCAGCAGCGAGAAGAGCAGCAACAGCAGCAACAGCAGUAGAGCUCGGAAAGAAGCAGCAACAGGGGCCAGGCACGAACCCCAGGGCGUCCGUCUCGGCGGCGGUCCGGCAUGGCCAUGGAAAAGAAGAGGAGCACGAUUCCCAGCGCGUGGCAGCACUGCAGCAACAGGUUUCGGAGCUCCAGGCGAAGCUGGCGGAGUACAGAUCCUACUUAGAAGAGAAUCAGGAAGAGAUUGAGAGGAUGCAGGUCACGGAGCUUCAGGCGCUCGCGUUGCGCGCACAGCAGCAAGCUGCCGAGCGGGAGGCUGAGGUGGUGCGACAACACGAGGCAACCCUGGACACACUGCGACAGCAGCUGGAACAGCGCAAAGACGCCGAGCUUGCAGAGCUCGCCUCGCAGCACGCCGCGGCGAUGGCGGAGGCGCAGAGUCGCGUAGCUGAGCUGAUCAGCCAGCACUCUCGCCAGCUGGCCGACUUGGAGGCUCAGUCCGCCAGAAUGGCGUCGCAGCACGUGGAGACGCUCGGGGAGCUGCACGCCCAGCUGGCCAAGCUGACUGGCCAGCACGCGCAAGCGCUUGCGGAACGCGAAGCGGCGGUAACAAAGCUACAGCAGCGCGAGGCGGAGCUGCAGCAGCAUCACACUGACGCUCUUGCUAAAGAGAAACUACGGCUGGCAGAGGCGCUGACGGCGCAGGCCGUCGAGCUGGCGGCGCGGCAUGCUGAGGAGCGGCGAGAGGCGGAGGAACGGUGGGGCGUGGAGGUUGCAGCAAAAUUGCAGGAGCUCCAGGCGCAGAUUGAGCAGCGCUUCCGCGAGCAGCAAACGACACGUGACGCGGAGGCGCGGCGCAAACAUGCAGAGCGGUUGGCAGAGCAGGUCGCUCAGCUAGCGCGGCUACAUGCUGAGCAGGCCGCUCAGCUGAGCAUGCAGCACGCUGAGGCAAUCGCCGACCGAGAGGCACAGCUUCUGGACCAGUUCGAACGGCAGCUUGUUGAGCGGGAAAGCCAGCUGGCAAAUGCGCAUGCCGACCAGCUACGGGACCUGGAUGCCAGGUUCGCUGCGAAGGCAGCGGAAGCUGCUGACGUGCGCGAGGCGCAGCUACGAGGCUUUUUCGAGCAGCAGCUGGCGCACGCGCUGCGGCAGCAGGAGGAAAGCCUGAUGGCGGAGGCGAUGCAGGUGGAGGCGAAGCUGCGGGAGGAGGCAGAGGCCGCGGCGGCGGCGGCUCAGGUGGCGGCAGAAGCGGCGCGUUUGGCGCAUUCGCAAGUGGCAGCGGCAGAGGCAAAGCUGAAGGAGGAGGCGGAGGGCGCGGCGGCGGCCGCGGAGCAGGCGCGACUUGCGCAUGUGCACGUGGCGCAGGCGGCGACGCAACUGGAGGAGGAGGCGCGGCGCCGCGAGGCGGAGCUGACGGCGCGGAUGGAGAUGUUGGAGGGCCAGGGUGUCGUCCAACUGGUUAUUAACGUGCUCGAGGCGGACGCAUCGCGUUCGAGAACACCCGCCGCCGUAGAAGAUGCUGCCACUGCCACAGCGGCAGGGCAUUCUCGACCUGUCGCAGCGUGCUCGUAUAGUGCAGGGCCUGCUGCUCAUGCCGAUGGGGGGGAAUGGCGGUCUGAGAACCUCGGUGGUGACGCCGCAGCACGCUUGGUGGUUGAGGGGAUGGCGGAACGGAGCGAGGAGCUGCAACGACCCGCAAUCGAGGCCAUUGCCGAGGCGCGAGCCGCACACGAGCUGCAGGAAUCCAAACUGCGGCGGCUGCUAGAGCGGCGGACGGAGGAGGCGCAGGAGGCGGAGCGGCAACACAAUGAGCAGCUCCGAAACCUGCAGGACCAGCUGACGGAGCUCCGUAACCUUUUAAUGGAGGAGCGGGAGCGCCACAGCAGCUCCAGUGAGGCCCUCGAGCAGCGGGCGGCACGGCUGGCUAGGGAAGUAGACUCAAUGCGGCGCCGAGAGGCGGAGGUGGUGUGCGCGUUGGCGGCACGGUCCGGGCCGCCGUUGACCAAGCCGACGGACAGCGGCCGGACGGGACCGUCGCUGGAGCUACCGGACGGAAGGGAGCCCCAAGGGCCCGCUCCGGAACCGGUUGACGGCACCGGUCAACGGCAGCUAUUGCCACCCCCUCAAGGGAUUCGUGAGAAGACCCUGCUGCUGCCAUUGACGGCCUCCGGCGCCGCAUCUGCGCCAAGCAGUGCUGCGCCGGACCCUGCUAGUGCAACCGCUGAUAUGUGGUCAGACGGACAGGCGUUGUGGUGGCCCACCUGCGGCUCCAUCGCCACGUCAGCGUCAGGCAUUCGUAGCCUGAGUGGCGGCAACGGCGGCGGCACCACAAGCGCGGAGCCUCUCCCAGCUGCCGUGUCUACCGGCGCGCAGGGCGCCGCCGAACAGCCGGACCUCCCCGGGCUGCUGCCGCAGGAAACUGGCAGGCGCUCGGAGUCGGACCUUGACCUCGCGUCCAAUUUAAUAUCGGCUCUGCGGGGGUUGGAGUCCUGCACAGAUGGAGAGGGGCCCGGGGCGACGCUCUGGGUCAGAAGUGUAGAGCUCGACCCGCGAGCGGCGGCGCGGCGGGAGCUGCUGGAUGGCGUCAACACGACGUGCGGCCCGGCAGCCGCGGCGACGGACACUGCCGCCGACGAGGCGGCAUCGCGGGCCGGCAUCGCGGUUGGUGCUGACGCCAUUAUGAUUGACCGCCUAUCCUCCAACGCGGCAUGGGAGAUUCUCGUCGCCGCCGAUAGGGCAGCAGGUGGCGGCGGCGGCUCCGGAAAGAAGCAGCGAGAUGGUGGCGGCGCCGGGGAUGUCCCAGAGGACUGGGCAGACUUUAUCGGCGCGCAGCAGCAAGGCGUGCCUGCCGUAUCAUUGCCUAGUGCCUCCGCCGCCAACGCCGCCGCCAACGCCGCCGCCAACGCCUUCGGCCCGGGCUACAUCAGCGAGGCUGCCACAUCGGUCAGCACCGACAGUGCGUACAACUCAGAGACGGAGUUUUACGUGGAUGACGAGGACGAUGAUGAGCACCGGGGCCGUGCGCUAGCCGCGGCGCUCGCGCAGUCGCCCCGCACCAGCCAGACGGAGGUGUCUACGCGGCUGCCACCGCUGCUGCAGGAGCUGCAGCUGGAGCGGCUUCAGCCGCCGUCGUCCGCGGGUAUCUCGCCCGAGACGGAGCCGGUGGUCUGCGGCCCUGUCGCCGCGGCCGGUAGGGUCCGGAUGCGGCAUGACACAGUUGCUAGAUGCGCUGGCGGUGGACGAACGCCAGCGCCGUCAUUUGUCGCCCAAGCCGCAAACGAGGCCGCGACGACUGCCGCAUCUGCCGAUGGGCAAGGGGCUGGAGAAGCGAGUAGUCUGGAGCUGCGUGUUGAUUCGGCCGGCGAGGAUCUGGGCGCUACAUUUUGGGGCGUGUUCCCAGUCAUGGAGGUUAAGCCAGAUUUGCUAGCUGCGGCGGUGGUGGCGGAGGAGGCAAGGAGGGCCGAGGAUGCAUCCGGGGCAGCGGCAGCGGCGGCGGUGGCAGCUGCGGUUUCGGCGGAGGCGUUAGGCUUGGCGCCGGUGCCGGUUAAAGGGACGACAACAGAAGACUUGGAGGCUACGCUGUCGGGACCCUUCCCGGUGUUGCCGCUCGUACUGCUGCCUCCAAUGCAGCACCACCAGGCCUCGCCGGCGGCGGCGGCGGCACUUGGCGCCAGCCACUCGGGGCAUUAUAACCUCACCAGCGACGACCGUAGCAGCAGCAGCAGCAGUACUGUAGACGGCUCUGCUCCAGCCGCGACGCCUUCGUCUUUCUCCUUCCCAGGGCCGCACCGCACCGCCCCUGCAUGGGACGGCGCACCCCUCAGUGCCGGCGGCGGGAGCGGCAAUCAGUUCGCUACCGCUGCCGCCGAAGCAGCAGCUGCUGCCGCUGACAGCAGGCAGGAAUGCCGCCGUGGCCGCCUUACCCUUGAACCGGGGCAGGAGCAGCCGCAGCCGCAGCCACAGCCGCACGGUAUAAUGGACCUCACUGCGAGCUUUGACUUCUUGCCCGUCGCUGGAUGCGGCAGCAGCCGCUUGGCGGCGCCGCCAGGUGCAAACUCUGUGCCAUCCCAGCCUGUUGUACAGCAGCAACGGAGCUCGCCGCCCGAUGCUGUAGCCGCGUUCGGUAGUGAACAAGUCAGGGCAGAACAUGGAGAUGGAGAGAAGGACGGCGGCCAGGAGUCCUGCAGCCGGCAAGGCGACGCAGGCCGCAUUUGCAGUGGCAGUGACGGCAACGGCAGCGGCAGCGCAGCAAGUCCCAAAAUCUCUAUUCUGCCGCCUCUUCCACGACCCAGGAUGUUGGUCCAAAGUCCGCAGCAUCAGCAGCACCAGCAGCAUCAGGUAUGGGUAGAUCUGACCGACGACGAUGAGGGCGGCGAUGACGAUGGCGGCGGCAGCCGAAGAGCUGCUGAUGACGCACCUGCCGACACCGACAGCGGCCGGCGUUACAAUGGCGCACCGGCGGACACGGCGGCGGAUGCGGGCGGAAUGGUGGUUUCCAGCGGCCACGGUUCCCUUAGCGACGAGGUUUGCAGGGGCACGGUGGCUGCAGGUGACGACGGAUCGGGUUGGCCGCUGCCGCCGGCGGCAGCGCGGGCAGCAGCCGGGAUCACGCCGCUGUUGCUGCCGAAUCCGCUGUACAGCGAGACGAGCGAAAUAUCGCCCCCCUGGAGCGCUGCAGACUGGAACACAGAUGGCAGCCCGCUGGAGCCCGCCAAGCCGCGGGAUGGAAGUAUUGAAGACGGCUCCUUGCCAUCUACUCCGGGAAGCAGGUCGGCAGGCGCCAACUUCGACGACAGCCGCCCCUGCCGCCGCCACCACAGCAGCAGCAUCAGAGACGACGCGCCAGACGCGCCAGAAGGUGGCACUAUUCAGAUGCACGCGGCCGAGCGAAAUACCACCUACUACGAGGCCUGGGGAUUGCUGCAUGAGGCGGCGGCGCCACAAGAGCCGACGCCCUCUGGAACGCUGGAUUCGGAUAACCCCUUCGGGAAUAACCAAUUUGCUAUUCGCCGUUGCACGAGUGGCAAAAGCGCCAGGAGCAGCGACAAAAGCAGCAGCGGAACCCGCAGGCGUAGAUUGGGGCAGGGGGGGCUUCGUUCCUACUACAGUGAUGACGGGGCGGUGAAGGCGGGGGCGGAGGCGCCGGAAGGUAACGCCUACGCCAUCAAUGAGCUAGCUGACUUGCUGCAGGCGCUUCAUGAGGCGGAAGACGUGAAGCCUCACGGGUACAAGGGGCUGAGGGAGGAGGGGCACGAGGGGUGUGCUUCCCGGGCGGAUGGUCACCCGAACGACGACGACGACGAUGACGAUGUGCGCAGCCUGUUGGCUGCGGGGGCCACUCUGAGCAAUAGCGAAAAGCGGCGGCGGCAGCGGCAGCGGCGGCGCAUGGGCGAUGUCGCCAACACUGCCGCCGACUUGGAUCCCUUGAGGCAUCAUCCCAUUGACCUGCUACGGCAGGAUUGGGAGUUUUCGGGCGGCGUUGCAUCGCCCAUCUCGCCUCGCUCCACGCCGCGUGAUGACGAGGCGCGCCUCUCUCCGCUGGCUAGAGAGGCGGCAGCGGAAGUGCUGCCAACGCGGUCCAAGUCACCGUCACCGAUGCCGCCGUCACACCAGGAACUUGAGAAACAAGGAUUGCAAGAAGGAAAGCAGCCGAAGCAACAGCAGAAACAGGAGCAGGACUUACAGUCAUUGCUGCCAUUGUGUGCACAGCAGCGUGGCCGCACCAGUCCCUCCCCCGUCCGCCGCAGCGGCGUUCCCAGCUCCUCGCCGCGCGCGACUCCCAGCCCGUGUCCUAGCUCUAGCUCGCUGAGGAGGUUCUCCCAUGUCUCCAACCUGGGUGCAGAGCGCAACUGCGCCAGCGGCAGCCCCAGCGCCGCUGCGCUAGGCGCAAGCUCGCCCACCGCCGCCAUGGCUUCUUCUGCAGGGGCACCCUCAUCCCCAAGCACCUUCUCCGCCCUCAUGGCUUCCCCGCGCUCUGCGGUCCUGUCUGGACGGCCAUUGAGCCCGCUGGAAGCCAGGCAGCUCAGCCGAGCUCUGCUGGGCCGCGCCCGGAGCCGCGUUGCUGAGCUGGAGAGUCAGUGCAGGGCGUUGGCGGCGUCACUAGCGGCGUCGCUGCAGCAAGCAGCUGCUGGUGGCGCUGCCGGGGACGGUGGCGUUGACGGCGCUGCCGGGGACAGUGGCAGCUCCGUUCGCGAGCCCGCGGCGGCCCUCCCGCUGGACGACGCAGCUGCGGCCACCCAGGCGUCCGCCUUGAAGGGACGGUCACCGUCGGGGACGCCGCCCGACCGGCGGGAUUGCUCUCCCGGUGGCAAUUGGGCGCUGGGGGAUGUGCGCGGCGGGGCCAGCUGCGGUAAUAGUGGAGCGCUGGUGAUGGUGACCCCGCCGCCGGUGGCGCCGGCGGAGGUGGUGGACGCGCUGGAGGAUCUGCGGGGUGACCUCGGCGGGCUAGAGGUCCUCCACAGGAUGUCAGUGCGCGCACGCAAGGGUGCGGUCGGCGGCGGAGCAAGCCCAGCGUCGUUGGUGACGCCGUUGCCGCCGCCGCUGCCGCCGUCUGAGCAGCGUCCAACGGUGCUGCUGCUGCCCUGCGGCACGGUGGCUGCUCCCGCGGCCGCGGAGCCGUCCGCCGGCUCAGCGACGGCAGCGGCACGAGCGCAGCCGGCGCUGCCAGACGCCCCGGAUGAUGGACAGCAGUGCGCAGGACAGGCGACGCCGCGGCAGCUGGACAGUGCCAACCUGGAUGCCUCUGGGGCUUUAAGGGCCGCAUCUGGCCGAAUGUCAGUGUUGUCGCCAUCUACACCUGCGGCAGCCGCUGCGGUGGACGCCUUCAUGGCGCAAGCAACCAGCGGGUCAGCCUGCGACGACUUGGAUAAACUCGCAGCAGAGCCGGGCACGACCGCCGCCGCCCCCGAGCUUGCGAAGAUGCCAACGCAAGCAUUGGAAUCCAUCCAAAGGUCCGCUACGCCGUUACAGUCGCCGCCAACGGCUUCGGGUGGCCCAGGGUACGACAGUGGAGGUUUCGCCAGGGGUGCAGCGGCGGUGCUGGCGGCGGCGUCGACAUGGCCGGCGCCACAGAUCCCGCUCGGAUCCGUUGGUGGAACGGGAUUGCCCUCCCUGGAUCCUGCGUUGAUGACGAUGCUACAGCUGUCCAUUCAGGCCCAGGUGCAGGGUCAGCUGGGGCAGCUGGAGGCCAAGAUAGCGGACCUGCAACGUCAGAACGAGGCGUUGCUGGCCGCCUCCACGGCGGCAUCUACCCCCGCCACACCGUUGCCGCCGGCGUUUCGGCCCGGCUGGCCCGGCGCCGUGUUGCCCAUGACGCCGCAGUCGCUGCUCACUGUGAUGAGCGUGACACCGUCGGCGACGGCGGCAGCGGCAGAUGGAGGUGUUACUGGCGGCGUUGCGAGGAGAGGUGUUGUUGGCGUCGGCGUCGAGGGUGGGGGGGAGUGGCGGCCGGGUGCCGGCGACGCGACUUCAACAACUGCCUUGCGUCCGAACGGAAGUGGGAGUAGGAGUGGAAGCCUGGGGGAAGUGUGGACGAGGGAUGGUUAUGAAGCCGGCGGAGGUGUUGGCGCGUCGGCGGAUAGGCUGGUGUCGUCGCGGGAAGCGGCGUGGACUGCUUUCCCAGCGAUGUGGGAGACCACGCCGGCACCGGGGCUGGUGCCGGCGGCUGUUUUGCCUGGCGCUGCCGCGUCGAGAGGUUACUCGUCCAUGGGCGUCGUUCCAUUGGUAGCUGCGGCGACAGCAACGGCAGCAGCCGCAACGCCAUCGUCAGCUGACACCCAAGUCCUGACGCCAUUGCCUACUGGCCUGCGGGUUUCGCUGUCAGCUGGACCGUUCAGCCCAGAGGAGUUGUCCCACCUGCCGCCGGCCGUUCAGCUCUUUGCACCGCCACAGCUGCGGGCGGCGGCGCUGGCGGCAGCGAAGGAUCAGGCGCAUGCUAGCGGUCAUUCUUUAUAG